CGUCAGCGUGAGCUCGCGAGAAGGAACAUGGCGGCGAUGACAGGCUGGUGACAAUUUGAUAUGGGAUGGGCGUCGCGUUAAACGAGGGAGAACGCAGAGUCUUUUUUUCUCGAAGUCGUGAUGAUAAUGAAUGGUGAUACCGCGACGUUUAAACAUGGCGAUCAUUUGAUAUCACAGUCGUCUUCCGAGCCGCAAGUUUUGCUGCUGAAGAGCGCGCGGGGGUAGUACACCGUAUCUCGUCUCGUACACACGCCCGCCGAGGAAACGUCAGUGGCUUCGCACGUCGGGUUAAAGAUCAUCGUCAUUUCCCCCGUGGCAUCGAGAGGAGCAUCGUAAGAUGGCCCGGGAAUACGAUCAUCUGUUUAAGCUGCUCAUCAUAGGAGACAGCGGUGUAGGUAAAAGCUCGCUACUUCUGAGAUUUGCCGAUAAUACUUUCAAUGGCAGUUAUAUAACUACGAUAGGAGUGGACUUUAAAAUACAAACUGUGGAGAUAGACGGUGAGCGAGUAAAGCUGCAAAUUUGGGAUACCGCUGGGCAAGAACGUUUCCGGACAAUAACCUCAACUUACUAUAGGGGAACACAUGGCGUUAUAGUUGUAUAUGAUGUGACCAGCGGUGAUACGUUUGCGAAUGUUAAGCGAUGGUUGCAUGAAAUCGAACAGAAUUGUGAUGUGGUUAACAGGGUACUUGUAGGAAAUAAGAAUGAUGCACCUAAUCAGAAAGUGGUGUUGACAGAAGAUGCGCAAAGAUUCGCCAAUCAAAUGGGAAUACAAUUGUUUGAAACUUCUGCCAAGGAUAAUAUUAAUGUGGAGGAAAUGUUCAUGGCAAUAACGCGACAAGUAUUGCGGACCAAAAAAGAACGCAAGGAGCGGCAAGCCAUACAAACCAACGAGACAGUCAACCUGAGGAAAAGCACAAAACAGCAUAGGAAAAAAUGUUGUUAGCGAGCGUUGUAUAAGCAUGCUACUUCCUAUUCACAAAAUAUUAUUUGAUACGAUAAUUAGGACAGAAUAAAACAGAGAGCAUGUGUUAGUAUCACUAGCGGACAUGAGACGCUGGAAACCCUGAUAUUUUCUAACACCAACCUUUUUGUGAGUUUUGUAUUCCAAUUAUGAUACCUAAGAUUGUAUGCUAAUGAAAAAAAAAGUAUACACUUUUGACGUUAAUAUAUCGUAUUUAAAUAUCGAGUCGAAAUAUCGAGUGAACGCGUAGGGCUUAUUUAGUGAAAACGAUUGUCUAUACGACAUUCCUUUUGUGCUUUCGCGUGCUACGUUUAAGAACGAAGGCCUAUUCAUUUACAAAAGGACUUUUCACAUAUAAACAUGCAAAUAUUAAAAAUUAUUUUCACACGAACGUGCGCCCAUUUCAUAUUACAUAAUCGUUAAGUAAAACACACGACUAAUAAAUCCUCUUUCAUAAAACAUUGCUAAUUUUUCCAAAGUCAUUUUGGUCAUUGCAUAGAGUUUUGCUGCACAAUGAGUUACCAUAUUUUAAAUAAAUUGUAUUUAAAAUGAGUAGGAUAAAGUUUCUUGAACAAAAAAUCGAGCGAUCGAUAUUAUUAGCUAAUCCAAAUAAUUCGCGUAGGACGUUUUAGUAAAAUUAAGGUACAUCCUGUAUAUAUAUAUAGUUUGAUGACGCUUUCAGUGCACUCUAAAAAGAUUUGAUCGGACAUUAGGCAAUUGAAUGUAUUGAUAUAGAAAAAAGACUGGAUACAGUUUAUAAAAAUCAUAAAAAAUC